AUCUGUAAGUUGCUAUUCUUUACGUCGUGUAAGACCGAAAUAAGCCGAUAAGAACGAAAAUGUGCAUUAAAAAAUGUUCGGUAUAUUUAUUUCUAUUGGCCACAAUUCAUAUGUGUGUAUCUAGUAAAAUAUUGGUAAUAUUUCCGGUUAACGCCAGAAGCCACACUAGCCUUGGGGACUCCAUAGUACACACGCUUCUGGAUGCGGGCCACGAGGCUCUCACAUAAGUAAUGGAAUUUCAUCAGGUAACGUACGUGUCGCCAUUCCCAAUGAAGUCGACAAAUUCUCGGUUUCGAUUCAUUGACAUCAGAUCGCCCACCACUGAGGCCGAUAAAGAGAAACCGCACCUGAACCCAGUACAUCUGAAGAAUAACCCCAUGCCUUUACAUCAUAUAUUAAAAGUCGGAUCUUCGCAUGCUCAACAAGCAUUGCAACAUCCAGCUUUGCAAGAACUGCUUCAAGACCGUUACGAACAAUUUGACCUUGUUUUAGCAGAAUGGUUUUAUAGUGGACUUUUGGCUCCAUUAGCAACUGUAUUCGAUUGUCCCCUAGUCUGGUACUUCUCUGCUGAUGUUUAUUGGCAAGUCUUGCAGAUGGUACAUGAACCAAGCAGUCCAAUUUACACUGCCGAGCAAAGAGCCUUCAGUGUACCUGCAGUACCCUUUACUCCACCAGAAAGGGCAUAUCAAUUGUGGCUGCAGCUCUACUUAUCCGGGUGGAUUUAUUACUUUACUCAUUAUGUGGAAAAGCCAGUCUAUGUUGAGGUUUAUGACAGAGCUAUGAACAUACGUGGACGUAUGCUUCCUGAGUAUGAACCGCUGGUAUAUAACGGUUCGCUCUUACUGAUAAAUUCGUAUCCACCUCUAGGACAGUCAAUGCCUUUGCCACAAAAUGUAAAAUAUAUAGGCGGACAUCAUAUAGAUAAUCCUAUAAAAACACUGCCUAAGGAUUUGGAACGAGUUAUGGAGAAUGCGAGAAAUGGCGUCAUCUUCUUUAGUAUGGGCAGUAAUGUUAAAAGUAAAGAUUUUCCAGAAACCAUAAAACAGCAAUUGGUCGAUGUCUUCCGGCAAUUGGAUCAAACUGUCAUUUGGAAAUUCGAGGAAAAGAUUGACGACAUACCAAGAAAUCUACACAUAUUAGAAUGGGCACCACAGCUGAGUAUUUUGUGUCACCCUAAUACUAAGGUCAUGAUAACACACGGAGAACUGCUAUCUUUGAUUGAAGCCACGUACUGCGGAGUACCCAUUAUAGCAAUCCCACUAUUCGGAGACCAGUUUUUCAAUAUAGAUCUCACGGUGGCGAGAGGCGCUGGGAUCAGAGUAGACUUCACUGAAGAACUACCUCGCAAGAUCUUUGAAGCAAUUCAUGAGAUAUCGACUAAUCAGAGUUAUCGCCACAAUGCUGAGUCAGCAUCGACGAUAUUUAAAAGCCGCCCCACGCCCGUCAAUACGGAGCUCUUACACUGGCUACGUUUAGUGAUAGACACAAGAGGCGCUGCCCAUCUGCGUUCUCCCGUACAAAAACUUACCGUCACAGAGAGAUACUGCCUGGACUUACUCGUCAGCUUGCUGUUACUACUUUGGUUCUUGUCCAAAGUCGUGAAACUAAUAAAGGUUUAUUUAAAAAGUACAGAUAUGGACUCGGACUCGGGUAAGAAAGAACAGUAAAGUUUUAUGAGCGAUAA